AUUUUGAUUUUAUACAGUAGCUGACUUGAAGUGUACAUCCAUCUGGUAGCUGCACAAUUGGUUCUAGGUCACCUCAACUAAAACCCUAUCCCGCCCAAUUCUAGGGUUUUGUUUAUAUUCUUAUCCCCAAUUCAAUUCAAUUUAAAAUGGUCUCAAUACACAAAGAAUUAGUUGAUGAAGUUGAAGGCGAUCAAAUCGGUUCUAAAAACUACCGAUUUUGUCUGAUUGGCGAGCCUAUAUCAAUCGUUUCCGAUGUCGAUUCCGAUAUUUUCGAUCUCGAAAAGCCUCCGUCGCAGCCUCUGGCGCUCUCCGAACGCUUCGGACUCCUCUUCGUCGCUCAUUCCACCGGUUUUUGUGUUGUGAAGACUAAAGAUGCGAUUGAUUCAUCGAAGAAGACGGAAGGCAGAGCCUCGGUGCAGGAGUUGAGUGUGGUGGAUGUACCGAUUGGGAAGGUUUCCAUACUGGCAUUAUCUGCUGACUCUUUGACACUUGCUGUUUCGGUUGAUGCUACUGCUGAGCUUCAUUUCUUCUUGGUUACUGCGCUUCUUAAUAAGGAGCAGAAGCCUUCAUUCUCCUGCUCAAUUGAAGACUCUAGUGUAAUUAAGGACAUAAGAUGGACAAAGCAUGUGGACAAAGAUUAUCUUGUUCUUUUAGAAAACGGGAAGUUAUAUCAUGGGUGUGCUCAAAAUGAUCUGAAGAACGUUGCAGACAAUGUUGAUGCAGUUGAAUGGAGUAUGAGAGGUGAUUUUGUUGCUGUGGCAAGAAACAAAGUUAUUAGCAUUUUAUCUUCAAGUUUUGAUGAAAAACUGAGCAUGUCUCUAUCAUCAAAGUCAACUGUUGGAAAUCCUGAUGUUGACAGCAGCAUAAAAGUUGAUUCCAUCAGGUGGGUUCGUCCAGAUUGCAUUAUUUUAGGGUGCUUUCAUUUAACUGAUGACGGUACAGAGGAGGGUUACCUUAUCCAAGUUAUCACUAGCCAGGAGGGAGAAAUCAUUAAUCCCUCCUCCAAUCCAGUUGUAAUACAGUUUAACGAUGUGUUCCUCGGUUUUAUGGAUGAUGUUGUGCCCUCUGCAAGUGGUCCACAUAUGUUUUUGAGUUAUCUACACCAAUGUCAGCUUGCAAUUAUUGCCAACAGAAAAAAUGUCGAUCAGCACAUUGUAUUGUUUGAUUGGUCGAGAGAUGAUAAGAAGGAAGCUGCGAUGGUUGAGAUUCUUAAUGAUGCUUGGAUUCCAAGAAUUGAUUGUCGAGGUGAUGGCGAAGAUAAUAUAGUUAUUGGCCUCUCGAUAGACAAAAUUUCCCAGGAUAAACUUGCUAAGAUCAACUUUGGAGAAGAAACUGAAGUUUCCCCUUGCUGUGUACUUGCGUGCCUUACAGUUGAUGGAAAGCUUACCUUCUUUCAUUUUGCAAGUUCCAUAGGCAAUUCAACCGUACAAGAUGCUAAUUGUAUAAGCUCAGAGGAUGAGGAUGUUCCUCUAUCAAUUGCUACAGAAGUACAACCGUUUGAUGUUCUUUCGAGAAUUGAGGAACAAAAGAGAGGGGCUGAGGAAGCCAAAGAAAGUGCUAUAGUUUACAAGCCUGUACAUGCUUACAUUCCUCAAAUUACAUCUAAUGAUGAUUAUACUAGUGGAAAAGAGAUGGUCAAACAAGUUCUAGAUUCACAGACCAUCAACACACAAGCACAAAUGACUCCUGUUGUAAAUUUGAAUUAUGAUGGAAAGGGCCAGCUAUCAGAUUUACCUGAGAAGCAAGGUGAAAUUUUAAGACCAUCGGCACUCAUGAUAUCUAACACUGACAGUUCUGGAGAUGCGGUCAAGGAUCUGAAAAAUAAUGAACCUCAAACAAUUGCAGAAGUUAUAUCUAACAAUGAUACUCCUUCAGAAAAACUUACAAUUCGUAUAUCUGAUUUGGCUGUUCACAGCAAUGUGUCAAAAGGUUUUGGGGGUCACGGAGCAUUGCAAGCACAAAAAGGAUCAACUGCUAUACAGGAUUCUUCGCUCAAGUCAAUUUCAAGUGGACAGUUCAAUAUAUCUACUCCUGCUGAGGGAAGGGCUUCAAUGUUACCUUCUAGUAAAAUUCAAAUGAUUCAAUCAAAUACCAAAAGUACUACACAUGUUCAACACCUAAAUAAUUUGCCUUCUAAAGAUAUUGGUGGCUCCUUUAAUCUCAAACCUUAUAAGAACAAACCUCCAGCAAUAGUAGGGAAUAUGGAAUCUUUACCAGAAUCCCGUAGCCCACAAGUUCCAUCUAGAGAAAAAAUUGCGCUGGAAAAUUCUUCCAACUUGGCUGAUACCACUGGACGUUCCCGUUUACAAUCUUUGAAGGGACUGCUGAGUUCUGGAUCAAACUCGUCAAAACAAUUCCUCAGUGUUGAAGAGAUGACCAAAGAAUUGGAUCUACUUCUUGAACAUAUAGAAGGACUUGGUGGCUUUGGUGAUGCAUCCAUGUCUCACCAAAAUAACUCAGUUAUAGCUCUAGAAGAUGGGAUCUGGACUUUGUCUGAAAGAUGCGGGAAUUGGAAGGGUAUCAUGGAUAAGCGACUUGCUAAGAUCCAACUCAUUCUUGAAAAGACAGUUCAAGCUUUAGCGAGAAAGAUAUACAUGGAAGGCAUUGUCAAGCAGGCCACUGAUAGCCGAUAUUGGGAUCUGUGGGAUCACCAGAGGUUGAGUUCUGAACUAGAGUUAAAGCGACGGCACUUGUUAGAACUAAACCAGGAGUUGACUAAUCAGCUAAUUGAUCUGGAAAAGCAUUUCAACUCUCUUGAGCUCAAUAAAUUUUCUGAGUGUGCUGAUUCUGGCAUGAAUCCUAGAACUAUGCAAAGCAAGCAUGGGUCAUCGAGAUAUGUAAAUUCCUUGCAUAGUUUACAAAAUACAAUGAGCGCACAACUAGCAGCUGCUGAGCAUCUUUCUAAAUGUCUCUCAAAGCAAAUGGCUGUCCUGAGCAUUGAAUCACCUUCCAUUAAAAAACCGAACGUGAAAAGAGAUUUAUUUGAAACAAUAGGCAUCCCUUAUAACGAUGCCUCUUACAACUCUCCUGGGAGUGAAAGAAAAACUUCAAAUACCUCUUCAAAACAGGGUCGUCUGAGUUUGUCAAAUUCUGUUGCUGGUAAAGAACAAUCCUGGAGAAAAGACUCAACCAGACUUAAAAGUUCUGAACCAGAAACUGCAAGGAGACGCAGAGAUUCUUUGGACAGGAACUGGUCUAGCUUUAACCCUCCAAAAACAACUGUAAAAAGAAUGCUUCUGCAAGACAAUCGCCAGAGACCGAAAACUGGUAGGUCGUCUUUUGGGAUUGACCAGCAACUCUUUAAUCGUGAAUUGGAGAGAUCAGCAUAUGUUGCUACUGAACAAUCUACCAGCAGCUCAGCUACCAUUUCGAAUUCAUUCAAAGGCAAAGUUACACAAAAUGCAACGCCAAGGUCUCCUGAAAUUGCGACAACAUUGUUCAAAACUGAACUGCACAAUGCAUCACAGCCUAGGACGAAUUUUUCCCCAUUGCUUUCACAGUCAACUGGAAGUUCAGGGAGUGGUCUUAAUAAAUUUGCAGUUGAUGAUCUUAGGUCGACAAAGCAAUCUGGAUUUGACCUUCAGCAAACACCUGCAAGUUCCACUAGGUUUCCUGAAAAAAUACUCCCAUCCUCGAAGAAAAUAGAUAUUGUUCAAAAUUCAACUGACAAACAGAUUGGGCUAUCUGGAUUUGCUAGUGGAAACUUAAAGCAUGAACCUUUAGUCACUGAAAGUUUGUUCUCUGGUAAAAGUAGCAAAACUCAGUCCUCUGCUGCGUUGGCCUUUGGUUCAGCGCCCAGUCUUUCUUACCCUGGGACUAUUGGAAACAAUCCCGGUCAAUUUACUGCAGCCUCAUUGUCAUCAUCGUCAUAUUCAAGUUCUAUAUCAAACUCAGUGAGAGAUUUGUCGCCACCACAUCCAAAACCAACGUCCCCAGGCGUGUCAUCUACUGCUGUAUCAUCAGGCAGCUUGACAGUUAAUUCUAGUACUAGUGUUCUAAAAGCACCCCCGCAUGGAUCAACAGUUUCUGCUGCGAUUUCUCAGCCUUCAGAGAAAUUUGUUAAUUCAUCUGCUGCAAUUUCUUCAAAUUUCUCAUACAAGCCUCCCAGCACUGAUGUAGUCAAGCCAAGCAUUGAACCAGAUAAGAAGUCUGAAAUGCUGAAUUCAACUUCAAACUCUGGAUUACAAAUAGGUAGAUCUGAUAUUAAACUUGAACCUCCUGUUACAUCAAAGGCUACAAGCGAAGUUUCAACCAGUUCACAGUCUGGAAGUCAAUUCAGUUUCAGUGUUUCACAUUCAGCCACAAAGCCUGAUCUGGAACAACCAUCUCCUGCCAUUCUAGCUUCAGCUUCUCUUUCAAGUCUUGCAACUGCGAACGAUCAGAGGAUUGAUAAUUCAGCUGUUAUAUAUACGCAAGAGGAUGAAAUGGAAGAGGAAGCUCCUGAAGAAAGUCGAUCAACUGAACUUACAUUAGGUAGUCUUGGUGGGUUUGGUAUUGGAACUAUUCCUACACCAACCACUCUUAAACCAAAUCCAUUUGGUAGUACUUUUGCUAGCACAACUAGUCCAGCAAACCCUCCAUUUUCAAUGACAGUUCCCGGUGGUGAGCUGUUCAAACCAGCAUCUUUUAGCUUCCCAUCCCCGCAGCCCUCUCAACCGUCUCAGCCUUCAACUUUUGCUUCUUUUGCCGGUGGCAUUAGUAGUGGGACUUCUGCUCAAGUACCUACUGGAGGAUUUGGCCAUUCUGCACAAACUGGAGCUGGCCAACAAGCUUUAGGGUCAGUUCUUGGUUCUUUUGGACAGUCAAGACAGCUGGGUGCGGGACUACCUGGGGCUGGCAUCACUUCUGUGGGUGGUAGCUUUGGGGGUUUUUCUGGCAAUCAAUCAGCUGGUGGUUUUGCUGGUAAUCAGCCCACUGGUGGUUUUUCAAGUGCAGUAGCUGGAGGUGGCUUUGCUAGUCUAGCUUCUGCAGGUGGAGGCUUCUCUGGUAUAGCUUCUGGAGGCAGUGGUUUCUCAGGUGCAGCUUCUUCAGGUAGUGGCUUCUCUGGUGUAGCUUCUUCAGGUAGUGGCUUCUCUGGUGGUGGAUUUGGUGGAUUUAGUGCCAUUCCUCCUGCUGGUGGUUUUGGAGGGGCUGCUUCCGGUACAUUUCCCGCAACAGGUGGUGGAUUUGGAGGUUUUAGCAACCAAGGAAGCGGUGGUGGCUUUUCUUCUUUUAGUGGUAGUGGAGGUUCUGCGAGACCUCCACCUAAUCUUUUGACCCAGAUGAGAAAGUAGGUUAAGAUAUCCAUAAGCAGGGUCAGUAUGUCCUGUGGAAGCUCCAAGCUCAGUGCUUUUGAAAAUGUAGAAGUGCUCCUGCUUUUUAUUGAUAGGCUAUUGUUGGUAGUAUAAUACGUAUGUCAGCAGACUCAUUGGGAUAAACUUAAUUUGUACUGUAGCAUAAAAUCAGGUUUAUGUGCUCAACAUCUGGCUAAUUAUUUACUUAAGCUGCCUGACAUGGAACAAAACAGUUUAAUGUUUUCAUAUAAAGUGUCCAGAGUAGGCGACUGUAACAUAAUGUCUACGGAAAAGCCGUUUUUCUUUUUGAACUGCGCUAAACCGAAUUUUAAAAUAAGCGGUUUUUUUCUCUCC